AUGGUUGCUUUUCUACCUUUUACACACGCCGCAGCGGCAGGCAGCAGAAGUGUGAAGCCAUUUGCCGGCUCUGAAACACGCAAGUACCCAUGUGACCGGCUGCUGAGCAAACAGCCGAGUUGGUUAAGAUGA